AUGCAAUCUGCUGCUGGUUGGGUUCCCCGCUGCGUGCUCACGUUGGCACACUUCAGGGUGUACAGCCCCUACGACCCCUCAGAGCAUGCAGAGGUCCAGGCCAUGGCGUUGAAGCCGGGUGACUUGGUGACGGUCCAAAACUUCGGCAACGGCUGGAGUUACGGUAGCCGAGUGGGGCCUGGCGGCGCUCACGAAGCCCACGGCUGGUUCCCUCAGACCUGCAUCUUCCAGCCGCUCCCACUGCAGUGA